GCGCAGUGACCCCUCUUCCACCGUCUGAUAUUUUAUUUACUCCCAAAACCAAGAUGGCUCCUGUGAAUGUGUCGGUCCCAUAGCAAAUCGAGGAUGCGAGUAGCUGCCGGAAAAACAACUUUCCCCCGACCGUUGCAUCCCCUCGAGUCCGUUUCGUAUGGUUCGGAGGAGGCCUCCACCUCCCCGUAGCCGCUGAGCAGCCGUUGGGGCUUCGCGGAACCGUCCUCAAGGCACCAAUUUGGAGUAGUUUGGCCAAGUAUCCUCGUCUCCUUCUCGCCGUGUGUCCGGAGAGAGGUGCGGGAAGGCGGCUCAUCCAAAUGGCCGAACCAAGAAAAGUGCAGUUUGUCACCCUGUCGGCCUUCGCGGCCGGGGCCGCGUCGGAGUCGAGGAAACGCCGGCUGGAGGACGAGGCCGACUACAACUUGAGCGAAGACGACGAGGUCGAAGCGACGACGGCGGCGGACGGAUUUACGGAGACCGGGACAGGAGGUGCCCCCGGCCGCCUUACCAAAUCCGGGGAGAGGGACAAGGCUGGAGCUGAGAAGAAGGCGACGGUGCGACUCAACCUGCCCCUGAGCGAGCCCGACGACCGCGCCUCUGCUGAGUUCAAUUACGGGGAACUCCUCCACAACCUGCAGGCAAAGAACAAAUCUCCAAGUGUGACUCCAGUCCUCAACCCCAACGACCCCUUCAAUGAUGACGAGAAGGAGCGACUGCAGGUGGAAGCUCUGGCAAAGAAGUUUGAGAAUAAAUAUGGCAACGUGACCAAGAAGAGGAAAGACCGAAUGCAGGAUUUGAUCGAUAUUGGCUUUGGUUACGAUGAGACUGACCCCUUCAUUGACAACUCAGAGGCUUAUGACGAGCUGGUACCCGCUUCUUUGACCACAAAGCUGGGUGGUUUUUACAUCAACACUGGUACACUGCAGUUUCGAGCAGCAUCCGACUCAGAGGGAGAGGACGACAAGAAUGCGAAUGACGACAAUGAGCAGACCAAGACGAGGAAGAAGAAGGAGUUGGCCAACCUGGAAGAGAAGAAGGGAUAUGAGCCGAAACAAGGAGUGGCAGCCGUCAGCCUCCAUCGUCCUGAGAAGAAGAAGCGUAAGAAGCUGAUGAAGGACUCUUUGUAUUUAGCGGCCAUGCUGCGCCGCUUCACCAUGGAGAAGGAGCAGAUGAGGAAGAAUAAUGUCAGCGUGGCUCCCACUGGCCUAGCGGGUGGCGUAGCUAACAAGCCGUGCGCCGCAGAUGCGGCCAAGCACUUGCUGGGGUCCGACACCGCCCAACCGCCAAUCAACACCAAUGCGGCCACCAACAGCGACCUCAUGCUUGCGGACCUGACUGGCGAUCCUGCCAUGAUGUCGCUGCUGGGCUCCGCCAAUGAGAAGGAGCUUCAGGACCUCCUCGGCGACCUUGAUUUCGACUUGUUGGACGGUGACCAGCAGCACGCCGUUUCCACGGUCAGAGAGAAUGGCAUUCUGGGAGUCGGUGCGCCGGGCCAAAGAGGAGGAGCAUGUGGAGGUGUCCAAGGGCGAGGCCUGGGGUCUUCCAGUGGACUGUUUUCUCCUCCACCGCUGCCUGGGGGACUGCCGCCGCCUCUCGUCAAACGCAUCGAGGACCUGCGGGCGGCUUCUCGUCAGUUUGAUCAGGAGGGCAGAAAGAAAUUUUUCACCCUGGACAUGAAUAACAUCUUGUUAGACAUCGAGCUACAGGUCCAGAAGCAGCCUCCCGAAGUGCGCUUAGGCAUCUACGCGCACAUGGAGGCCUUUGUGCCGUGUAACAAGGAGGCGCUCCUCAAGCGGCUGAAGAAGCUCAGCGUCAAGAUCCAGGUGAGGGCGGCUCAGUGCGACAACGGUCUGCAACCGACGCCACCGCCCCACAGCAAGGACGACAAGAUGCGGAUGCCGCUGCUGGAGCUGAAGCUGGCCGUGUGCAGCGUGAUGCCCGAGCAGAUCGCCAGGUACAACAUGGACUGCAUGGCCAAGGUGGCAAAGCAGCAGUCAGAGGAGGGGGAAAGGAAUGGAUCAGAGGAGGAGGAUGAGGAGAAACCUGGCAAAAGGGUGAUGGGUCCACGGAAGAAGUUUGUCUGGGAUGACAAGCUCAGGACUCUGCUUUGCACUCUGGUGCAAGUGAAGCUGAGCUGCUAUGACAUGGAAAGCCAAUGUUCCCUGUCUGUAGAGGACUACCUCAAGGCCUUUUUGGAGAAUGAGGUUAAACCACUGUGGCCCAAAGGCUGGAUGCAGGCCAGGAUUCUGUUUAAGGAGAGUGUGUCAGUUCAUAUUCACCUCACUGGAAGCCUAGCCAAGAGGCGAGUGCUGCCUGGGCCCAAGGCCAAAGCUAAGGAGGGCAUGUGGGUCCGCAAACCUCCGUUGCCGGUGCCCCCUGCUCUUUGUGUGCCCUCCUCCUCUACAUCCUCGGUGAUCUCGGCCCGCCCGCCGCCUCUGUCGUCUCCAUCCGAGCUCAUCUGUCUAUCGGACUCUCUAGAUGAGGACCUGAGCGCGCCAUCUCUAGACUCCAUCUCGCACGCGCUGGCCCUCCUCAGCAACGCUGCUAAAGGCCUGGGCCCCUCCGACAGUCCUCUGUCGCCCCCUCCUCCGCAAAUCCCGACCUCCUCCCCGCCCCCUGUCACCCCCCAUUAUCCUGCGCAGGUCACGUGCACCGCCCCCUCCAAGAUGGCGAACACAACGACGGUGGGGAAAAUAAGCACACCCGCCUCGCUUCCCGCUUCUUCUUCUACCUCUUCCAGGGCGCCCUGCAGACCCGUUGACGCUACCUAUAGUCUAGUCAAGGCUACAGGCGCCCCCAGCCAGAGACAAGUUUGCUUGGCAACUGCCAACAACAGGCCCGGCGCGAUCAUCGGGGGCAAGAUGCAUCCGCACCCCGCCCCGUCGCCCCCAAAGCAACGCCCCCCGCCCACAGCUUCACCUCUGAUGCUCCCCCAUCAUCAGAAGGGCCUGCUCGGCACCUCGGCAGGUAGCUUGGGGGUCCCUCAAAGCGUGGUCAAGGGCAACGGGGGCAUCGCACAGUUGUCCUCGCCGUCCUCUCAGUCUCGUCCCGUCCCCUCGCCUCACCCCGCCACGCUGUCGCCCCCCUGUAGCGUGUCAUCGCCGUCGCCCGUCUGCCAGACCGCCCCCUCCUCCCAGGUCAAAGCCCGCUCCCAGCACCCCCCGCCCAACUUCAUCACGCCCAUGCAGGCCACACUUACCAAGCCUGCUCACAGUACAAACUCGUCUCCCAUCAUCAAGCUGACCCCUCGGCCGCCACCACCCACCCCGCCCCCAUCGUCACCAUCCUCUUCGUCCCCCUCCCCUUCCUCCUCGCCAUCGCACCCCCCUGGCCCGAAACACCAGUAUUCCCCCAAAACGUUCCGACCGCCUUUCGGCAUAACGGGUAGUGUUCAAGGGCCCGCGGCGAAGCAGACAGCGGGCUCCUUUACGGGGGCACCCAAACCUCCGCCCACCGCCGGUGCCCACAAUUCACCCGGCAACAACAAGAGCUCCUCAUCUGUCGGUCAUGUUAGCAAAACGCCGCCUCCGUCGCCCUCGGGUUCGGCCAAUCACGGCCAGAGACAGAGGCUGGUGGGUGCAGUCGGGCAGAAUUUGAAGGCGGGAAACGGCUGGUCCGCUUCCGGAGCUUUGGCCACACCCUCCACGACAUCGCACCUCUCACAGGUAUCGGCGGCGGGCACCCCCCUCCUGGGAGGCCCGUCAGCACUGCCCCUGGGCUUCGGAAUGCUGGGCGGGUUGGUGCCCGUCUCGCUUCCCUUCCAGUUCCCACCGCUGCUCAACUUCAGCCCCCCUGGGGCCCCGGGCCCCGCCGGCAUGGGCUCGGCCCCCGGCUCCAACUCAGGAUAUCCCCUAGCACAGAGUGACCUGUUGGAGCUGUACAAGAGUCUCCAAGCCGGGUCGCAGGCCGCUCUACCUCCUCACUUGCAGCUCGCUUUCUCAGACACCAACCAAAGCCAGGGCGGAGACAAGCGCAAGCCGAGCCACUGAAAGCUGCGACAUCACGGGACUCUUUUGACUGACUAUUGGGCCAAUGGGACGCUACAGUUUUUUUGUCUUUUUUUUUUUUUUUUCAAAUAAAUUGACCUGGUUGGACUUUGGCACACAAGUGAACUUUUUAGAACAAGGUUGAGCAGGUGAAGAGAUUUAUUUUAGUGUUAUUUUUGUCAACAUGUUUACAUUAAGCGACCUUGAUCACUGUGGAAGGAGAGGAAGAGAGAAUUUCUAUUUAAACGGUGGAGCUGAGUUCUCGACAAAGAAACACAAAAAAAGGAAAAAAAUAAGAAUGAAAGAAAUCUGAUGCUUAUUUUUCUUUGUGUCCCUUUUUUAGAGUUUUUAUCACGGCUUCCCGUUCUUUCUCGCUCCCACUUAUGACUGUUAAAUAGUAGCUUAAAUUAUGAAUACUGAUAAAUUAUUUGUAAUUUACACAGGGACGUGAUGCAGUGCGUGCGUAUGUUGGAAAGAGGAACGUGUGUGUGAGUAGAGUUUAAAAAAAAAUAAAAGUCAACAAUAUACUGUUAAUUCCGCAUUCUCCCGAUAAUACGGAGUGAACGUUGCACAGGAUGUUUUUAUUUGAUGGUAUUUUUCAUUAUUUUGGGUGCUGUUUCAUCACACUGGACCUUCUUUAUUGUGGCUCCGUGAAGACUUGAAAUGAGAACGCGAGAUAAGAUUGUAGCCUACUUGAAUGAUUUUUGUCUUGUUUUUUGUUUAUGAAAUUGUCAUUUCUCUGAUUUAUGACACGCCUUAGUUUGGACGCCGCUAGAAAUAUGUUCUAUGCAGGAGAAAAGUGCAAAUGUAGAACGGACCGGAACACCUACCCUAUCUCUUUUUCCACAUGCCCUUUUUUUGUGCCGAUUACCUCCACGAUCUGUUCUUCCUCGUUGCGUGUGCGUGUGCGUGAGUGUGUGUGUGUGUGGCUGAUAUGGCUGCACGGAGAAUGAUGCCAAAGAUUGUUGUUGUAGCUCUCCCUCCCUUCCCGUCUCUCCCUCCCUCGCUCUCUCCUCACCAGAUUGGGUGUGAAUGGUACAAGUGUGGAAAGGAGGGAAAACAAUAAGACAUUUCUAUGUGAACCGGUGGCUUCAUUUAAUUUCAUUUUUUUCAAUUAGUUUGGAAAUGUUUUUUUUCUCCUGUGUGUCAAAUACGGAAUUAAAAACAGGUGUUUUCCAUGAUGACUCAGAUUUUUCUUACCGGAGAAGGGUUAAGGGGCCGCGUUUUAUGACAGAUGUCGCUACAUAUCACUGAACAAAAAUCUCACCUAACAAAGCGUUGCUUUGAUGAGAAGUGCAGUUAAAAAAAAAAAAAUUCUGAUCCUAAGUCCCGAUCGAUCGGGUCCGAUCACGUCAUUUUCAAAGUAUUGGAAUCGGCAAAAAAAUAUCGGACAUGCCUGUUUUUAAUAUAUAGACCCUACUCACCAACGUCACAGAAUGACGGGUCGCUGUAUCCGGCCGCCAUAUUGUCCGUCUUUGUUUAUCCGUAUUCUCAAUGGUUUCAAUUUGUCGUGCAAUUUAUAGUGCAAUUCAUGGAAGCCCCGGUCCUUUCAGACACUGUAAACUCAUUGGAUGCGUUGCAUAAAAUGCGUUAUGUGGAAAAGCUUCAGUCAAUCCAUUUGCCAGAUCCAUAUUUGAUGCCUAAAUCGAUAUUUUUCGACCCGCUGUCUUCGCCCUCUCUGCCUGACAUCUGCUACCCUGAUAUCUACAACUAUCUUGUCCACACAAAAUCAGCCUAUUCUCACGAAAGUUUGAAAAACUUUAAGAGCAGCACUCUAAGCAACAUUACCCCGUGUGACUCUUUACUUCCAGUUUUCUAAAAUGGCGACAAUCAAUAAAAAAAAAAGUUGACUGCGAUGGCCGACGCUUCAAGGAUAGGUGGAUAUUGGACUAUUUCUUCAAUAAAACACGCAACAACUGUGUCUGCCUCAUUUGCAAGGAGACAGUCGCUGUUUUCAAAGAGUUCGAUGUGACGCGAUAAGGAUAUUACCGAACAAGACACGCUGACAUGUACGACAACAUUACAGGGAAGAUACGCAGCGAGAAAUUAUAGCAACUUGAAGCUAGUUUAAUUUCACAGCAGCAGUAUUUCGCAAGAGCCCCAGUGUCGAAAGAGAACGCCACAAAGACGAGACUGUUGAAAUUAUGGAUUUAAAAAAAUAAUAAAGCAAACGUGACAGACAGAAGGGCUUGCUAAAAUUUGUUUCAAUAUAUUGUUCUAUGUAAAUCAGCCAAGGUAGCCCCCCGCAUUUUUACCACACCCAUUUCUGGCCCCCUUUGCAAAAGGUUUGGACACACCUGUUUAACUGAUGAUCCGUAGACGAGGCCAGCUUCUUUCACUUGGUACAAGCUAAAUAUUAUUCAAAAUGUAAUGAUGGUGGAAGAAAUAAGCAUCUUGAAUUUGAAACUGUAUGUUGUCGGCGAUUAGCCUCGCAAUGAUCUUAAUUGUGGUUGUCAGCCCAAAACCCUCUAAAUAUAUAUUAAAUGCAUCUUACCAGAUAUAAAAUUACUACUACAUAAUCUGUGGUAAUUGUUUGGAGCCCAGUUUUCUCGUCGAAUUGCAGCAGUCCAUCUCGCUCUCCUCUCCGGGUCUCUCGGAAUACGGUAGAACCUCAAGUCUCUCCG